CUGUGUAUCUAUGGCAACAAUAUCGAGUUUCACUACGUGAUUUCCCUGCCAUAGAUGUAUGUAUAUUCAUGAGAUUAUGAGAAAAAACAUUCAGACAUGGCAUACAACGACUAUAUCAUUGUCGCUCUUGUGUUCAUAGCAAACCAGGUGAGCAGAGCCGGAUGUUUGACGGUCUGUACGUACCACUUCUUCAGCUUCGGGAAGAAACGUCAGAAGAUCAUAUAUUGUGAUGACUGGGAGUAUUGUUGCGCGGAUGCCUGUUGCCGGACUACGAUGGAUGUUUAUCGCUUGUGGUACUUCUGGAUAGGUUUGCUUAUCCUCACUCUGGUUUUCAUAACGAUAUCCUACACCUGGUACAAGAAGAAACAACAAGGUCGCGUCAUCAGUGUUGGACCUUGGUCUUAUAACGGGACGUCUGUUGAAACAGUAACAACUCAGUACAUGAUCCAGCCACAUAUGUAUCCAGCACAUCCGGGCAUGUUCAAUCCAACGCCAGCACCUCUAGGCCCACCACCACCUUACCAGCAGUUGUCUACCUACCCAGAACUUCAACAGACCACGCAACCUGUUCCUAAGACGCCGGGAUAUUGUGCAUCCGCAAAACAGUCAUUCUAAUAUAGGCCCACUCCGGGUGUCACCAUGUUGAUGUUAAAAAAAAAAAAAAAAAAAAUCUGCCUUAAGCAUGGGCUCAAACAUGGAAUCUAGAAUCUUAACUCCGUACAGGUAGCACUAAUAUUUAGAAUGAUGGCCAUUAUUAUUAUUCCAUCGGUAGCGGAAGCGACGUGGUCAACGUUGCGUUUGGCUCCACCAUUGAACAUUUCGCGUCUAGCUCCUUUUCUCACAAACUGUAAGUUCCAAAUAUAGUUGCAUUUAGGUAUGUCCAUAUCACUAAUAUCAGUUCGUACGACUGACAUAUCGAAGGCUACGAUAGGUGUUGUCCAGUCGCGAAAAGAUCGUAUUUAAGAACCAUUGCUGCUAACACGGCAAUUGCGGCAGAGGCGGAUCUAAGGGGAAGGGACCUGGCCUCCCAUAAAAUAUCCAAGUGCCCCUUUUUCCUCUAUUAAUGUGAUAAUCUUUUGUUAAUUUGUAAAUUUUAAUUAAAAUACUUAAGCUUUCUCCUCCAUAUUAGUCUAGUCUCUACCCGUGACCAGCCAGCGUGGGUGACCCUACCAAGCGCUGAUGCUCCAGCUGGCAUAGCUCUCGGAAUCAUUGGGAUAUGCAAGCUACCUCACCACGUCAAGGAAUGGACCACGAGAUAGCAUAGGUAUCGAAAGCAGGGACGGGACCAGGAAGGACACGGCUUCUACCCCAACUCUCAAGAUUCAAGGCUAAUUAAUAUAUCCCCAACAUCUAAGAAUAGCUGAUGGUGGUAGUUUGUAAAGAAAUAAAUACUCCGAAACCUGACAACGUAAAACAACGAAAUCGAUGACUUUGGCAUUAUUUGAUAGCAGAACAGCUCAGAAUGAACGAAUGGAUAUUUAAUAAACACCCCAGCACGAAAAAUACAUGGCUAUUGGGUGUCAAACUAAGCUCAGAAUGAGACCCCUUGUUUUUUGGUACCUUUACUUCAAGGUCUGAAGAAUGUCCUCUAAACAAAAUCAGCAAAGAAAAGGAAAAAACGUAAGACUCUUAGAAACAUGGCAUUUCUCUACAGGCUUACAGAUUGAGAAAUCGUCCGUUGCCACAUAUAUGUAGCCUACUCCUUUUGGGGUGUAGCAUGGGAUUCUUCAUAUGCACUUCCCCACAGACCGAAAACAUGUCAGUCACAGAAGUGCUUGGAAUGGGAAAUCUCAGAAGUUCUAACACACGGUAUGAUCUACGAGUGGUCCUGCCAUCACGAAGCUACAUCCCUCCUCUCAAACAUUCUAGUGGUGUAUUCAUUUCCCCCGACUACAAUGACAGUUAAAUCAUGUUAUUAUGUAUGUAUAUAAUAUAUUUGUUUCCUCUUUGAUUCUCCUUUUGAAAUUUGCUUCAUAACUGAUAAAUACAUGUAGAUAAAUGUAUCAUUCUAUCAAGAUUCGCUUGGCCAUCAUAGGUAAAAAUAUAGUUGCUUUCGAA